AUGGGCUCACGGAGGACAAUGACACGCUCCUUCUCUGGUAAUGGAAGAUCCAAUAAUGGGGAUGAAAUCAGUGGGAGCAGCCGGUCUGGGGGCUGCAGCUAUCUGUCCAACGUGAGGCCAGAAAAUAGGAGUACACUGUGCAGCGUGAUGGCACAUCUGACAGAGGAGACACAGCCGUCCUUCGAGACGACUUUGAAGUCCAGAGCCGUGUCUGAGACUUCCACUGUCAAGUUCUCAUGUGUGGUUACAGGACACCCCACCCCUCAGGUCACCUGGUAUAAAGAUGAUGCUCAGUUAGACAGAUACUGUGGACUGCCUAAAUAUGAAAUUUUCCGUAAUGGACAAAACCAUUCCCUACAUAUUUACAAUUGCACUGUGGACGAUGCAGCUAUAUACCAGGCCUCAGCUGCAAACAUCAAAGGCAUAGUGUCCUGCUCUGGUGUUCUGGAGGUUGGCGAAAUGAAUGAGUUCAAAAUCCACCAGAGGUACUUCGACAAACUCAAACAGAAGGCAGAGAAUAAACGCAGAGAAGCAGAAGGUAAAGAAAACCAGGAGCCGUUAAGAACCAUCAGUCCCGACCGUACACUAAGGAAACGCCGCUCAACAAUGGAUGCUUUUCUCAGCACACCAAGCUCUAUGGAGGAUGAGGGAACGAGGAGAGCUCAGGAUGUGGCUGUAGAGACAAAGGCGAGGUUACAGGAGACCACAGUGGAGAAGGUGGAAGAAAAACCAGUCUCCAUCACUAAUGGGACAGCAUCUCCUGUAACUAAUGGACAAGAUAUCAGUGAGAUUGGCAACAAGAAUGGGACAAAUGUAUAUGACUCUGCUCAGAAGAUUUUCACUGCACUCCAACCUAAAAUCCCCUUUGUCAAGAAGAAGAUUAAAAUUUCAAACAGUGCAAAAGUUUCAUCUGAGGAGAAAAGAGCAAAAGAAGAGAUCCUCACCUCUGUAUCUGCAGCCAGAGCUGAGUCCACUCAGUCUAAGGAAAAGCAUUUGGAGGAGUUUAUGGAAGUUGAGAGCGUCAUUACUGCAUCAAUUUUGCAUUCAGGCUCCAGAAAUGUGACGGACAGAAAUCAGAAAUCAGCAAGAAGUGAAAGGCCUUCAAAGGAUAAAAGUGUAUGUGCUGAAGUAACAAUGGCUUCACAGAGAGAACAACUUCCUGCCUCAGUACCUCCUGUCGCUUUGCCAUCCAUAAGUCACAGAGUAUCAGAUAAUAAAGGAAAACGAAUGGCAAAGCAGCAGAAGGAAACUCAACACACAGAUAAAGAAGAACAUUUGGAAAUAGAGGAUGGGAAUCCUUGUGUAACCUCAAUACAACAACAGCCAAGUGUUUCUCCAACACUACUACAACCCCUUCACAUAGUAGAGGAGGACGUUUCUAUAGCAGGGGGUGUUACAGUCAUGGAUGUUGAUGAAAAGUUGAGUUCGUCCACUGAUGUAACUCCCCGUACGCUCUUGGAUGUAUCACGUAAGAGCAGGGCUGUUUUGCCUCAACGUCCAUGUGAACAGGCUCGAGAUCAGCUGUCUGAGACGGAAACAAGCACGUACCACAGAAAUGUGUCUGUGUCUCAGCCAGUGCUUCUGGUUACACAGGCCCAUGCAAAGAUGAACAGGAAUGAUGCACCUGUCAACCUUGAGCUACCAUCGGACCAGACUACGAUGGAGGCACCACAAAAGACCCCAACAGAAACAGAGACCACAGCGCAUGACAUUCAGACCCCAUCUUUACACCGUGGUCUUCAAAAGGCCAUUGACAAAAUGACACAGGACACAUGGGAUCAUUCCUGGGGAUCAAAUGAAAGCCAUAUGGGGCUUUUCACAGACCUACAGAAGUCACCAGUCGAAAGCCCCAGUGGUGGUGAGAACACCCGAGGGUGUAACGUUUCUCCCGCUGCCCAGGAAAGCCAAGUUAAUACAGCUAUAAAAACUGUUGAAGGGACAGAAAUACGGGUUGAUGAGAAGGUAGAAUAUAACAAGGUAGGUAAGUUAUUAGUACAGUCUGACAGUCGGGCCUCACAUGAAAAGAAGAUGAAAAUAGAGACUGAAACUGCAGCUCUACCCACAACAGAACAAACUAAGAAAGAAAAGACCAGAGCAGUAGAUGAAAAAGACGUAGAUGUUUUAAAUGCAUACGGUUCUAAUAAAGAAACUGAAAAGACUCCACCUCAAAUAAAAGGAGAGGAGAAAACACAUUCAGAAUCAGAGAAUCCGCAUCCACCUACCGUAGAGACAGUGACACCACAUUUCACAAAGGAUCAGGAAAACACAAACUUUUCUGUGCCCCAACUAAAAGGCCCCAAAGAAAUUCCAACACCAGUGGCAAAAGUCAUAUCUAUUGCUGAACUUUUAAGAUCACAGUUAAAGGCUCUGGCAAAUUCAAUCACCAUGUUACCAGCCACCAUGGAGCAUGAACCAGGUCAAACCGGUGCAGAGACAGCUCAGGGAUCUGGAAACAGCGGCAGCAAAUGCAAGUCAGUAUCUGAGAAUAAAGGUUUUGAAGAAACUCCUCCUGCAACCAUAAAGGCAACACUUUUGGAGAUUUAUAAUCUACUAAAUAAAACUGAUCAGGAACUUAUGCUGCAAGAUGCAACUGUCCUCUCUGAUCAGACUUCACAAAAACCUCCUGUAAUUCCUCCUGUUUCUGCCAUAGACACUAGCUCCACCAUGCAGAGUUGUUCUCCUGCAGUUACUAAGGACAAAAUGACAAGUGGAAUCACACCGAGUUUGGAUGUAUCUGAAACUAUCAGUGAGGAACUUCAGAAACCUGUGAAAGCCAAAAGUCCAGGAAUCUAUCAUUCCUGGUUUGGAGCUUCCCAAAAAUCAAGGCUUCCCCCUGAAAGUGUCUCUGACACAGAAACACGAACAUCUACUCUGCAGUUUACACAGCAAGAGAGUUGUAUGACUGAAGACUUUUCAAGCACUGGUUCUUUAACUAUUUCCACUCCUGAGAUCAGUCCGCGGUUAAAGAAAAGGAUUUGUGUGUCUCCCCUUCCCUCUGCUACUCCACAAGAACUGGCCUCUGGGGCUCGACGCAAAAUCCUCACACCUAAACCCAAACAGGAGGAGGAAACAGAGGAUUUAACUCAGAAAAAGCUUUCACCUGGUCCUGUAACCCUUCCUACAUCUCCAAGUCUGUCCCGCCAUUCCACUCUUCUUCAGCCUUCUGGUGAGAGAACGCCUCCUGUGGAAAGGCGUUCUCCACUCCAGAGUAGAAGGAAGAUGGUACCUGAACCUCCAAAUCUGCAACCAACUGAUGAAUCCCAAAAACUGAGGCAAAAACCUGCAGAAAAGGACAAACAUGACCCCUUCAAAGGUAAACAGCCCCCAUGUUUGUAUGUCAUACGAAAGAUCAGGGCUGAAACCUUCGCAGACACUUCGGGACACUUAAAACUUUGGUGCCAGUUCUUCAACAUUCUUGGCGAUUCUACUAUCAAAUGGUACAGAAAUGAAGUGGAGAUAGCUCAGAUGAAAAGAAAGUAAGGGAUGAAAACACAGGUUAAUCUUGCCAUUGUUCAAGCAUCAAGUCAAGACGCUGGUGUUUACGGAUGCACAAUCACAAAUGAAUAUGGAACAGACACAACAGAUUUUCUACUCAGCACAGAAAGAAUGUCUUUACGUGAAGACCUCGGGGUUGGAGAGGAAAUCGAAAUGACACCUCUGAUAUUUAACAAAGGUGUGGCUGAUACUUGUGUCUGGAGCAACAAAUUCUUUGGGCGUAUAAUGGUGCAGGAAUCUCAUAUUGGUGAUGGUUGUACUCACAAAGUCUGGAAAGCGAAAGUCAUCUAUGGUCUGGAGCCUGUGUUUGAGUCUGGUAACACAUGCAUUUUGAAAGCAUGCAACCCUAUUGCCUAUGGAGGCAAAGGGGAAACUCUCCUGAUAGAAAAGAACCUGGAGGCUGUCAAGCAGGAAUGUAAAAUUCAGAACUUGGCUCGUGAAUACUGCAAAAUCUUCUCUGCAGAGGCAAGAGCAAUUGAACAUUUUGGCACUACUCUUGAGAUGAUUCCAGUCUACUUGAUGUACCGACCGGCCAACACCGUACCCUAUGUCACAGCAGAGGCUGAUCUGACUGGAGUUUAUCAGAAAUACUCGGUCCUGGAUCAAACAGGGGGGCCACAGAUGAGGACUGGCUCGGAGAUGGAGCACAAGUGCUGUACAUUGCAGCACUGGAUCUUUCAGUGGACCAACGGAAACCUGUUAUUCACACAGCUAGAGGGUAGGUGUUGACAAACAAGAUCACAAAAUGUUCGAGUUUCAGUCAAAUCCACGGGGCAUCAAGGUCUACCUAUUGAGGGAAAUCCCAAAGUUUUUGAGCAAUUUGUCACCCAGCACCAGUGUAAUUACUACUGUGGUCUGCUUGGUCUAAAGUCACCGAAGGUCUUGGAAUCUUUAUUGAUGCCUGCGAAACCAAAGGGGUCCAAAAGCCCCUUACUUCAACGGAAGAUGACUUCAGGCUCCUCUAGCCCCCAGCCAGUCAGAAAAGCUGGUGGGAGCCCCAGGAUGCCCAGGAAGGCUGAGCAAGAUGGCAGCAAAAGUCCCACUAAACAAAAAGCUACUGACGAGCCUAAGGAAAGGAUGGCAUAGAAUUAUUAUCGCUGAUUGAAACAGUGGAGGAACUUUUUAUUCAACCACUUGAGAAAAUAUGAUGAAGUCCUGAACUGACAAAGGUUUACUGUUGGAUGUGUCUCUACAAUCUUAAAACAGUGACCCAUUCAGAGUCCAGGAGUUAUUAAGACAACUUAACCCUUUAAUGUUUGACAGCCACCAUUCCUUUCUAUAUUCAUAUUGAUGCUCUCACUUGUUGAUGUGAUCAUUUGUUCUUUCCACCUGCUGGUAUAUCUUGUAUUGUAUUGUAGCAAAGAUAAUAUGUUUAAGUAAUAAAUAGUAGAUGACCUGGGUUUGCAUUCUAUCAGUUUCUACACUAUUGUGGGUUGCAAAACUUGUGAAACCAAGUCUCAAGUCUUUGUGUGUUUGUCUGUCAGUGUGUGUGCUAAAACAGGACUGAAGUGGCAUUAUCUAAUCUGUAAUUUUCAUUCUGACAGCAUAAAUGACUUUUUUUUUGUAGUGACCUUUGUAAGAACAGGGAUUAAUCAUGUUGGGUCAAAUAACUUUAUAACAAGGAUAUUCAGUAAGCCUUGGUCAUACAGCAUGUUUUUAGGAUGAUGGUUUUCACUUUUUUCAGGUUUAUCGAGCCAAAUGUAGCGUCACAUGAUGACAUUUCUGUACAGUUGCUAAUGACGCAGGGCUUUUAUAUUGUAACCUGUCAUGUUUACCUAUUACAUUGCACUGCAUUUUUUUGAAACUGCACCUUUGAAUAAAGUGCUUGUAAAAUAAAGAACAUUUUAAGCCA